UUACACAGAUCAGAAGAUUCCCAUAGAUUUUCCCCGCCAAAAGAUCCAUCACUCCACCCCCACCUCCCCCCAGUACAGGGAAAUGACAAAACGUAAGCCCACCACUGCCCCCGCCACCAACGACCCUCCUCACCUGCAACCUGGUUCCCAAGUGGAGAUCAGUUCCAACGACCCUGGGUUCCGUGGUUCAUGGUACACCGGCGUCAUCAUCAAGCGCCCUUCUUCUAAAAAGCCCAACAAAUUCCUAGUCCAAUACACCCACCUCUUCGAGGACGAGGCUGGUACUACACCCUUGAAGGAAACCAUCGACGCUGUGGAUAUACGCCCUCUGGCCCCUCGAGAGUCGACCAGAAAGUUCAAGUUCAGUGAAGAGGUGGAUGCUUAUUACAAUGACGGAUGGUGGGAAGGGGUGAUUACUAAGGAGUUGGAGAAUGGUAAUUUUCAUGUUUACUUCAAGAGGUCCAAAGAGCAGUUGGAGUUUGGAGAGGAGCAGUUGAGACUUCAUAGAGAGUGGAUUAAUGGGUCUUGGACGCCACCAUUGGCUGGAGAUGAGCAAGUUAAGGAGUCUGACAGAGCAGUGACCGAAGCAAAGAUGAAAUUUAACAAAGUUGUCACCCAAGAGAAGUUGAAGCGUGAUAAUGCAGCAAGCAAAAAAAAGUCAAAGUCUGUUUUAGCUGGGAGCGGAGAGAAAUUGGGGUCUGGGAAAAUAACAAUGGAUAAAAUUUUUUGUAAGGGAGCACAUGUUGAGGUAACCAGUGAUGAAGAUGGUUUUGAAGGUGCUUGGUUCGCCGGAACUAUUGUUAAAGUAGUGGGGAAAGGCAGGUACCUAGUUCAGUAUGAGAGCUUGAGAACUGACGAUGACACUGAUUUCUUAAAGGAGGAGUUUGAUGAUCUGCACAUUAGACCUUGUCCACCAGAAAUUGUUAUGGCUGAUCGGUUCCAAAAGCUUGAUGAAGUUGACGCUUUCUACAAUGAUGGCUGGUGGGUGGGUGUGAUUUCUAAGGUUCUUUCGGAUUCAAAGUAUGAAGUCUAUUUUAAGGCUACCAAGGAGGAAAUGAAGUUUGAGCACUCUGAGUUAAGGCUACAUCAGGACUGGAUUAAUGGGAAAUGGGUUGCAGCUUUCCAGGCAUUGAAGUCAUAAGUACUGCAGAAGGGAGAGGUGUCAACAAUACUCAUGCUUGGGGCCUUUUGGUCAGAACCAAAGUAAAGCCAAAUCUUUUCUGGUUUCCAGCUAUUGCAUUUGGUGCUGGUGAAUGCUUCUGUAACCAGUUUUAGGCAUUCUUUAGAGACUUAAAGUUACCUUAACAAGCAAAGUUGAACUUAGUAGAACUUACUUAAACGUCAAUUUGUAUGAAUGGCAUACCACAUGCCUAGUCUUUUCUAUGAAGGAUUAAUAAUGAUGCAUUACUUUUAUCCCA